AUGCCUACCGGCCAAUCGUUAACUGUUUUGGACUACACCACAAGAUGGAUCCGAGAAUUUAUCAAAGAUUACUGGAAGGUCCAACGACCUGGCCCGUCAACGACGGCACGCCCCAAGGACUUCGACCCAGUAAAUGAAUGGCGACCAUCACCAGUGUCUGCGCCAGCACUUUUGGCCCUGACAUACGAACCGGCCGCCUCAACAUCAGUUGGACAGCCAAUUCCAGCUGAUUUGGCCCAGGCCCUAACGGUGCCUGGUCCAACAUCAAGCCAAACUGUGGACACUGCUGGAGCUGCUACACCGAACAGCAGCAUAGAAAUUCCACCGCAGGACGUCGAAAUGGACGUGAGCCUGCCUGAUAAAACCUUCGACCUUUCGCCGGAAAAGCCGGUCGAAUUGGAGUCGACACCAGUCCAACCGGCUGAUGAACCGACAAGUCCAAUGGCUGUUGAUGCACCAACGGUGUCAUCACCGCCCACCCCGAAACCAAUCGAAGGCGACACAUCUGGUGGCACCCUUGUUGUUCGACCAACGGACAGGAAAUCCACAGGAGGAAGGCCAGAACCAGCCGCUCCUGCCACAACAAGCGGUCCACAGUCGCCCAGGUUCAAAAAGAAGAAGAGGACUCCCCCAGAAGCCGAGGAGCCUCCUUCGCAGCGGUCACUCCCACCUUGGAGAGGACCGCGUGAAAACCUGGAACUUAACCGUCCAACUAGGCCCACUCUACCAGCGUGGAGUGGUCUGCCAAAGGACUUAGACGUUCCCGGCCCUCCCAGGCCUGGCCCGUCCAUACUCAAACCGAAGAAGGCGGAACCACCGACUUUGACGCUUCGUGGCCUACCGGCCAAGAAGAAGAAGUCGCCGCCGAAGAACUUUCCUGGCAAGGGACACGUGCUUUCCCCACCGGAAGCACCAGCAAUUCCGUCAGGAAUAACUCAGCCAUUGCGGGACGAACCUCCACGAGGCAUCGCAUUCGAUUGA